AUGGGUAAUAGUGUGAUCUACAUUCAACAUGGCGGAAAAGAAGUGUCGAAGAAGAGUGACUCCAAAACACUCGAAAUAAUAGUGAAUAAUCUAGACAAAUUAUCGGAUUUAUCUGACUAUGAUGACGAAGAUGAUCCGCUUUAUGGAGAUAAUGUAAGUAGUCCUUCAGACUCUUAUCAAUUUCUAUCACGGGAAAAUCUCAUCGAAAGGCGCCUGGAAGAGAUAUUUAGGAUAGAUUCGGGGGAUGAAAUAAAUAUUAAAGAUGGUGAGGCAACGGGGCAAACAGAAGAAGCUCUUUUAAAAGUUUUAGAAUGUAAUCCAUCGACAAGUACACAUACAACUGUCUCUAAUAACUUGAUUCCAUGCGACAACCACCAACCAACGAAAAGGUUAUGUCAAAAUUCUUCUGGCCAAAUCCAAAGCAGUUCGCUCUCAGAAGAUCAUAUAGACCAACUUACUUCAACUCAACGAAGUUGCUCUGCCGCAACGUUAUCCUCUUUUAUAGAAAUGCAAAUGCAACAGCCAAUAAACAGAGAUCCUCUUACCUUUACUCGGCCUUGCUCUACAACUCCGUCUUCUGACAUUCAAGAGCCGAUUGACGAGUCCCUAUUUAACACGACACAACGUCGGUCUACAUCGCCAUCCUCUUUUACAGAGGAGCAAAUCAAUCAUUCGCUGAAGCUGGUAAUCAGCAGAGACCUACUCAUCUCGACACAACGAAGUCGCUCAGCAAGUUUAUCAUCAUUCGCUGUAGACCAAAAUUUGUCACAGACUGAAGAAGACCCAGUCAUUGCCAGCCAAUCAGCUCUUAUGGAUGUAGACUGA